CAAUUUUUGGUUGCAUAUUUCUCUAUACUAAAAACGAAUAGUUCUAUAAAUUAGCUAAUACUUUCUUUGUUUUUUGCAUAGUGGAAAUCCCAGUGGGCAUAUAGACCCACACUCGGCUCAUAGCUUCUAUACACAUGCAGAGACAGGCCAAAACCAGUCAAAACCAAUGAUCUUUCUAUAGAAGGGUGUGAGAGUGAGAAUAUUCUCUGUUUAUAGGAAUCUUAACUGAUUCAUUUAUAUACAGUACAGUUGCCCCUUGUGUUAGAUACAACUACUUAUAUUGUCUUUAUUUAUUUAUAUUUGACAUGGUUUUGGAACCAUGAAUGUCUUCUGAAAACCAGAUAUAACAGAUUUCACUAAGCAGUGUUGAACUUUAUUAGCAUACAGGCCUAGUGAUCUGGAUCAACUAUUGAACUUUGGCAUAGAUUAAUGUUCCUAAUUACACAGUUAUAUUUGUUUCUGGUAAUGUCAUAUUCCAGAGGUUUCAAGUCAGCAGUGAUUCCAUUAUUGUGCCAUGCCUUUGGCCCAUUUUUUCUAUUUUAACCCUAGUUGCCUCUUAAGUGGCAGACUAAGUAGGAACUGGCUAUGACUUAGUUGACUAGUGGAUCCUGGCACACCAUUUGUGAACCACUCAGACUAGUGCUUAAAUACUUAACACCAAAAGUUGGUAGGGGGAUGGACAAUCUGUUUAAAAAUGCUGCUACAUUUUGGGAUUUAUCUUUUCAUAUGCUCUGUUUGUAAUGGAACAGUGGUGUCAAUUGUAUUCCGUGUUCUCAGAACAAAUUAUGUUUUAUACUAGAUGAGCGGAACUAAAGAUGAAACGUUAGUUAGCCGUGAGCGAGUUUCAGUUUGGAGACUAGUAACCCACCAGCAGAAAGGGUCCUUUGUGAGACAGAGAUGUUGACGUCAAAUGAACCCUGUGAAGACAUAAAUUCUCAGUUUAACUAGAACAACACAACACAGGGAGGAUGAGCCCUGGUAUCCUCCCCCUGUCUCCUAACUUACAUAACUCAUGAGGGGUUUUCCUUUAAUAAGUUCAACUGACCAAGUCUGUCCUGUUAUUUUCAUGUUAGCCCUGUGUCCACACAGUUGACUGACCAGAACAAGGGAAUAUCUGAUACAUACUAUCAUACAAAUUACAAUAUGUUGGAGAUGCUUGAAUACAGCCAUUACCAGGUACAGACGCAUCUGGAGAACCCCACCAAGUACCACAUCCAGCAGGCCCAGAGGAAGCAGGUGAGGCAGUACCUGUCCACAACCCUUGGGGGUAAGCCUGGCAGCCAGGCCGGCAGCCUACAGUGCCCCAGCCAGCCCCCGGAGCACGGGAUGCCCCCCGGCCCAGGCAGCAGUGCCCCCAACAGCCCCAUGGCCCUGCUGACCCUCAGCUCCAACUGCGAGAAGGAGAUGGAUGAUGUCAUUGAUGACAUUAUUAGCUUGGAAACAAGUUAUAAUGAGGAUAUUUUUGGACUUAUGGACCCAGGACUCCAGGUUACUAAUACACUCCCUGUAUCUGGUAACCUUCUGGACAUGUAUGGAAAUCAAGGGCUUCCCCCAAGUGGACUUGCCAUCAGUAACUCCUGCCCUGGUAGCUUAUCCAACAUCAAAAGGGAAUUCUCAGCUCCUGGCAUGAUGCACGUACUGGACAAUACUGGAUCCUAUGGCCAGUUUGACAACUACCAAAGGCCCGAGGGCUUUCCAGUUGCUGAGGUUCGAGCGAUGGCCAAAGAGAGACAAAAAAAGGACAACCACAACUUAAUUGAACGAAGGAGAAGGUUCAACAUCAACGAUCGAAUCAAAGAGCUUGGAACCCUGAUUCCUAAGUCUAAUGAUCCGGACAUGCGCUGGAAUAAGGGCACCAUUCUGAAGGCCUCAGUGGACUACAUCAGGAAGCUGCAGAGGGAGCAGCAGAGAGCCAAGGAGGUGGAGCUUAGACAGAGAAGGCUGGAGCAUGCCAACCGCCAUCUGAUGCUGCGCAUACAGGAGUUGGAGAUGCAGGCACGGGCUCAUGGUCUUGCGAUUCUGCCAUCGUCUUCCCUCUGCUCCUCUGAGCUGAUAGCCCGAGCCAUCAAGCAGGAGCCCAUCUUAGGAGACUGUCCCUCAGACCUGUACCAGCAGCCAGGUCCCGACAUGUCCCCUCCCACCACACUGGACCUCAACAACGGUACCAUCCACUUUAACGACAGCCCUCUGGAUGCUGGUGACCCAGGGGUAUAUGGCUCCAGCAAAGCAUCCACUAAACUGAAGGACAUUCUAAUGGACAACACCCUGUCGCCCAUAUCAUCCAAUGACCCCCUUCUGUCCUCAGCUUCCCCAGACACCUCCAACAGCAGCAGCAGGCGUAGCAGCAGCUCAAGCAUGGAGGAGAAUGAUCAUGGUUGUUAGCACUGCCCACAAGCUCAAAUCACACUGACAUUUUAUAAAGUAGCCUUGUUAUUACUGGAGCCAACGCUAGGUGCUGCUAUGGCCUAUUCCUUGAGAUGCUUCCCUGCUAGCAUCCAAAGCUGUCCUCCAUACUCAGUGGAUGAAGACAGUGGGAUUUUCCCUCCCAUUGUGUUCAGAAGUUUUGUCUUUUGUUUUUGUUUGUUUUACAAUAUUGUGUCUCUUUCUGGAAUCAAAUCUGGCUGUUCAGAUUAGGCUAUUCUACCUAAGGUGACUGCUGAGAUUUCACUGUACUGUAACGUUCACUUUUCAUGUGUGAAUUAUUUGACAGGAAGUGCACAAUAACAUGGCAAGAAUGUAUUACAUGUGUAAUAUUUUGAUAUUUUUUUCAUAUCAUGACCAUUUGUUGAAUUAGUUUAAAACAUUUGUUUUGUGAGAUAUCAUAGAGAAAUAUAUAUUUAGUUGAAUACUUAAAUUAACUGAUAAUAAAAUUUCACCAAGAUUUUAAGAUGAGAAAAAACACAUUUUUACCCUUAAAUUUAGAAGCAAUGGUUUGAAACCUACAAUAUUAUUUGCGACUAGAAACAACUUUCAGGAACAAUGAAUACAAUUUGAAUGAAUACAAUCUAUUGAUGAAUUUUGUUUCCGACGUGGUGAUAUCUGAAGUGAAGAUAUUUGUACAAAACAACACUGUAAAUAUACAUAUUUUGUGAUUUAGUUUUUUGAAGUAGGCCUUUAAUUAAGUAUUAAAUUGAAAGUGAAUUCA